CCAACCUUCAUUCCGAUCAGAAACUUUUGUGAGUGCACUAGUGAGGUAUCGCGUUCACACGCUGUCGUCGCGUGGUGAGCACUCAAUGGGCCAUGCUUCAGUAGAGACCAUGCCCUAUGGUCUACACUCGCACUAGUCAAAGUCGGGUUUUUUUUGCCAGCGAGAAUAUAACACGCCGUGAUUCGGUAUACAUUUUUGCAACUAAAGUAACGAAGAAAGAUGAACCAUUUUCGUGUGUUGGUCGUUUGUUGCCUGUUCCUGCAGCUGACGUUUGGGGUCUCACUCCCAUUAAGUCGCCGCGAAGACACUCGUUCUAGGUUUGACGACUUGCGGCAGAAGUUAGGCGUGCCUAAAACAGGGCGGUCCACUACAGUUUCCGAGCAGCUGACAGUACCGACGAUUAUCCGGUACAGUACCUUCCAUAUAGAAGGCUUGGCCCAGGACGAGGAAACGUGGUUUGUUGCGAAGCUGUGCGGCGGCAACACCGUGGGGAAAGCAAUCAACGUUACCAUGGUCCUGAACAACAACCUGGGUUGGGAGCCAGUCAAAGGCGUCGUUAAUUUCGCAGUUAUCGACUCCUUCUUCCAGGGUGGCGUGUUGUGCACGAACAAGGAUAGCAACGGCGAUGCAACCCCACAUUGCCUGAUAGAAUCUUGGCCCAACGAGCAUAACAUCAUCAUCCUUGCUAAGGCUGGCCCUGUCUCCGGAAUCGCCUUGAGCUUAGCGGUAGAGAUCUUUGAGCAGGGCAGCCCAGCUGCACUUCAGGUCAAAGCUAACAUACCGAGCCGUGCAUUGCCCACGAUCCUGAGCCUGAUGAAGGGAUUCGAUCCCCUAUCACUUCCUCCAUACCCAAUCCCCCUGACCGAGACGGUGUCCGUCUUCCCGGCGGUCUCCCUGGCCUAUCAGCAGCAGGCCAUCAUCAAAUUCUCCAUGUGCAGCAACACGGAGGCUCACGUGUUCUCGGUCUCGUCCACCGUCACGUCUGCGGACGGCGAGAGCAGCUUCGCCCAGUACAUCUGCGACACAUUGCCGUGUGACGUCGGUUUGAACAACAUCGCUCAUAAUGGCGAACAACAGGCCAGCAACGUCAUCGCGACUGACCCAAUAGUAAACAGUGAUCUGUAUGUUGUGGUCGUCAACUGGGGAGGUGCGUACGACGAAGACUCAGAAACGUACGUCGGCAAUUUCAUGUACCAUGCAAAACAAGACAAAAUCGCGUAAACAUACAACAGCCGUCGUGUCGCGGGCAAAACAAAUUGCCGAUUACUAUUGAACCAAAUUUGACAAAUUUUUAAGUUGAAAACAAACUCUAACUUCCACUGCAAGUUUUAUUUUCUAAGUGUUAGUUUCUUUCUUUUGUAUCUAUUAGAAUGAUACUAUCGUAGAUAUUUUAGAUAUUUUCAUGUGAUUUUUCUUCCGUUUAACAAAGAUUUUCCAUUUUUAGCAUUAGAAGUGAAAUAAAGAAUUAUUUUGGGCCCAAUUCUUACCACUCUAAUUAUUUGGUUAUGCAACUUUAGAAUUAAGUUUCCUAUUUUUUUUUUUUUUUAGGGGGCAGCUGUUUUGUUACCAGACGAUAGGUAAAAAAAAUCGGGUAUCGACAUAUUUUCUUCAACUGAAAUAUUUCAAGACUUACAAAAAAGACAUGAAAUUGUGUAUUAAACAAUAACUUUACAAUAUUGUGAUCGAUAUGCCAAUUUAAUACCGGCAAGUGAGCAAUGGACAAAACUGUACGGCGAUUUAUUCCACUUAGCCAAUUGGUUUACAUCCUUUGUUUUUGUUGUGUUUUUUAUUAUUUGUUUGUUUCUUUUUGUUUGGCUCGGUUUGGUUUGAUUUAAUGACUCAAUUUUGUUUUUAAGAUUGUUCUUCGUCCAUUUUAGUCUAUUUUGGUCCGCUGUGCACACGCGUAAGAACAGCUAAAUGACUUCUAGCAUUUAGACCCGAAAACGUUUUUGUUUUAUUAUCUUUUUUUCUCGUAAAGUAUAAGGGUGAACCGUGAACUUCUUUUGAAGUAGUAAACUUUUAAAACAGUAUAAUUUUCCUUGUUGUGGAGUUUUUUGGUCUUUGUGCUCCGAUGGUAAUGUUAGUGUUUGUGUUUGUGUGUGUGUGUUCGUUCGUUUGUUUGUUUGUUUUUUGUUACUCAUUGAUUCUUCCCGUAUCUAGUGAACCGAAUUAUUAAAGUAACAUCACACCACUAAAUUUCGGGAAGAAGUACUUACAUUUAAGCGGGAUAAAAGCACCGAAACGCUGCAAAUAAGUGGUCUAAUAUUUCUGUGUUUUCAAGAUUUUGUCAGCAAAGCAAU